CCAGCAGCGCUCAGUUAAAGACAGAGAGAGACGGGCGGCGGCAGUAGAGGCACUGCGACCCUCUUUGGGGGGGUCAGAUUAUAACAAAAAUAUACACACAUAUAUAUACACGCCCAGGCCGCAAGAUAGCUCCUAUGUUAAUUUUAGAUCUUUUUUUUUGGUCAACAUAAUAUCUCUCUAUUUUUUUAAAAAAAUGCCUAUUUUACUCUUCCUCAUAGACACGUCCGCUUCUAUGAACCAGCGGACUUAUUUGGGUACGACGUAUCUGGACAUUGCUAAAGGCGCGGUUGAGAUCUUUAUGAAGCUGCGUGCCCGAGACCCGGCUAGUAGAGGCGACAGGUACAUGCUAGUUACAUUUGAUGAGCCACCAUACGGAGUUAAGGCCGGCUGGAAGGAGAACCACGCCACGUUCAUGAACGAGCUGAAGAACCUGCACGCCUCUGGGCUGACCACGCUGGGCCAGGCGCUGCGCUCCUCCUUCGACCUGCUCAACCUGAACCGCCUGGUGUCGGGCAUCGACAACUACGGACAGGGCCGAAACCCUUUCUUCCUGGAGCCGUCCGUGAUCAUCACCAUUACGGACGGGAGCAAGCUGACGCACAACUCGGGCGUGCAGGAGGAGCUCCAUCUGCCCCUGAACUCCCCGCUGCCGGGCAGCGAGCUGACGAAGGAGCCCUUCCGCUGGGACCAGAGGCUGUUCGCCUUGGUGCUGCGGCUGCCUGGCACCGCGUCCCCCGAGACCGAGCAGCUGGGCAGCGUCCCCACCGACGAGUCGGCCGUCACCCAGAUGUGCGAGGUCACUGGAGGCCGGUCCUACUGCGUGCGCACCCAGAGGAUGCUGAACCAGUGUCUGGAGUCGCUGGUGCAGAAGGUGCAGAGCGGCGUCGUGAUAAACUUUGAGAAAACGGGACCAGACCCGCCCCCCGUAGGGGAAGAUGGACUCGUCGACCCAGCCCGGCCCGUCUCCUCCUUUACACCACAGCCCUGGCACAGCUGCCACAAGCUCAUCUAUGUGCGUCCCAACCCCAAAACUGGUGUGCCCGUCGGUCACUGGCCCAUCCCAGAGUCCUUCUGGCCUGACCAGAACUUGCCAACCUUGCCCCCACGGACGGCCCACCCCGUGGUGAGGUUCUCCUGCGUGGACUGCGAGCCCAUGGUGAUCGACAAGCUGCCCUUCGACAAGUACGAACUGGAGCCCUCACCCCUCACGCAGUACAUCCUGGAGCGCAAGUCGCCUCACAUGUGCUGGCAGGUGUUUGUGAACAGCAGCGGGAAGCAUAGUGACCUGGGGCAGCCUUUCGGCUACCUGAAAGCCAGCACGACUCUGACCUGCGUGAAUCUCUUCGUGAUGCCUUACAACUACCCGGUCUUGUUGCCAUUGUUAGAUGACCUCUUUAAAGUGCACAAACUGAAACCAAACUUGAAGUGGCGCCAGGCUUUUGAGAUCUACCUGAAGUCUAUGCCUCCUUACUUCCUCUUGCCAUUGAAAAAGGCCUUGAGAAUGAUGGGGGCUCCCAAUCUCAUCUCGGACAACAUGGACUGUGGCCUCAACUACAGUGUCAUCUCCUAUCUGAAGAAGCUCAGCCAACAGGCAAAAAUAGAAUCUGACCGGCUUAUUGUGUCCGUCGGGAAAAAGCCCCCUCAGGAGACGGGCAUUAAAGUGAAGAACCACUCCAACGCCCUUUCGCUGGCGCACCGCAAGGACUUCAAGCAGCUGCUGCUGGGGAUCACCGGCGAGGCCCCCCUGCGACUCACAGACAUCAACCUCAAGGAGUUCGCCGGCUUCCAGAUCGCGCUGCUGAACAAGGACCUGAAGCCCCAGGCCUACAGGAACGCAUACGACAUUCCCCGCAGGAACCUGCUGGACCAGCUGACCCGCAUGAGGUCCAACCUGCUCAGAACCACGCAGAAGCUGAUCCGUGGGCAAGACGAAGACUAUUUGCACAGUAUCCCUGUAGCUCAGAUGGGAAACUACCAGGAGUACCUGAAGAUGAUGCCCUCGCCCCUCCGGGAGAUCGACCCUGACCAGCCUAAGAGGCUGCACACGUUCGGGAACCCCUUCAAACAGGACAAGAAGGGGAUGAUGAUCGACGAGGCGGAUGAGUUCGUGGCCGGGCCCCAGAACAAGAAGCGUGUGGCGGGAGACCCAAACUCGGGGGCGGCCCUGAAGAGGCGGAGGAGCAUGUCCCCCCUGCUGCGGCGGCCCCCGACGCCGCCCAUCAUCACCAACCACGUGCUGGGCAAGCCCCCCCCCGGGAGCCCGGGCCACCAGAACCUCAUCAAGCCCAUCCCGCUGCAUAAAGGUGUGGACGGGAACAACGUGCUCGGGGUGGAGAGCAACGGCGAGAGGCCGGCGCUGGACGGGGUGCCGCCUCUGGUCCUGGGGCCCGAGGAGCGGAUGGGCGGCCCGGGGGGCGAGGGGGAGGCGGUCAUGGAGGAUGGGGGGCGGCUGACCGAGGACGGCCUGGACGACAGGCCGGUGGCCCGGGCCCCCGACAGGCCGGAGAACUGUGACGAAGGGGCGUCCCCGGACCGGGAGGGCGUGCCGGAGGCCGGCGGGGAGGCGGGCCAGAGGGGGAGCCUCAGGAGCGUCAGCGUCCUCCCCCUGGAUGGCAGCAACGCGGAGCUGCGCACGAGAGUCAUCAAGGAAGUCCGCAAGCCAGGCCGGAAUUACGAGACAAUAUUCCGGUUGCUAGAAGAAGUGAAGGGACCUCCGGAGAUACAGAAGUACUUCAUCCAUCACGCCAUCAAGGAAGCAGCCAGGUUCAAGAAGAGGGUGUUGAUCCAGCAGCUGGAGACGGCUCUGGAGGAGAUAGAGGACAGGUACCUGCCCAGCAGGGUCAACAACGUCCACAGCAGGUAACCCCGGGGUGAACGCACCUGCGAGGGAGAGAGCACGGCCUUCAGCGCUGCACGCGCGCAGCCAGGGCUGGGCGGCGCCGGCGGCCGGCGUGGGUCCGAGGAGAGGGGAGAGCGAGAGGACGGGGGGCCUCGCCAGCCCACGGAUGCCAAGAUCCUGCCGGCACAGACCAGGUGCUCAGGAUAGUCCUGCGCCGCGACUGGCGCUCCCGUGUGCUGAGAGCUGAGAGGAGGAGAGAUGCAGGGGGCGUGCAGAGGCUGGGGGCAGGGAGGGGGGGGGAGAUCUACUCUUUCCUCUCAGGACUGUCCAGACUCACGAUAUCCCUGCUCCAGGAAGUGUGUCCGAGCACACACGCCUGCACGCUCCCGUGUGCCACGUCUGUGGAAACCGUGGACUGACGGCCUCCCCCCCCCCACCACCCCAGACUGCUUCUCCGAUGUUGGGCAGG